AUCUCUGUUCUGUUCUGUUCUGAGAGAGAGAGAGAGAGAGAGAGAGAGGAGGGCUCAUGAAACGAGGUUGAGGACGACGUUGGUUCUUCCCUCUGCUUUCCCGGGGCUCCUUCCGUUCUUUCUUCCAAAAAGCUUUUUCUGCUACGUGCUUUUGUCUUUCCAUGUUCCAUCUUUCCCCUGUUUCCAUCACCUUCUUCUCUCUCUAGGAAUUAGACAGAGAUAGAAGCAUUUAUAACUAGUAGGUAGUGUCAUUCACUUACUGAACCUUUUGGGAUAUUAACCUCACAUCUCAAUCAGCACAAAUACCUCUCUCUCUCUCUCUCUCUCUCUCUCUCACUUGCCCACCAUCUUUAUCUCUCUCUGUUUCUCAAACCCACUCUGUAUUCCCCUGUUUGAACUUCAGAGUAAUCUCCCUUUCUGUUUACCCGAAAUGGGUUCUAGUGGCAAUUUCGAUUGUAAUCAUAAACUUAACCACAUCACAGUUUACUUUCUCUUUCUCUUGAUUUCGAGCUCGACCCAACUGAGAUUUACUGCAGGAGGUCGACCAAUUAACAUACCUACUGGCCAUUUUCAGGAGGAGAAGGCGAUGUUGAGAGCCCAAAUUGGUUCGAGGCCACCGAAAUGCGAGAGGAGAUGCAGUUCAUGUGGGCCUUGUGAAGCAAUUCAGGUUCCAACAAAUCCACAGACCAAAUUUGGGGGAAAAAACUCUUCAUUGUCAAUUCCUACCAUCGAGUAUGCCAGAGGGGGCGAUGAUAGCUCCAACUACAAGCCCAUGAGUUGGAAGUGCAAAUGUGGGAAUUCCAUCUUCAACCCAUGACUUGUAGUUGUUUUGUAUAUACAUUUUGAAGAUUAUUGUUCUGAUUUGAGUUUUUGAAUCUGGCUAUGUGUAUAUAGGAUGAGUGAUACUUUCUACACUUUGAUUCCCUCUUGAAAUAUGAAGUUUUAUUUUUGGUUUGGCUUUUCAA